CGUCACGAUACAACAGCUGAUCGCUUGUAGGACAAACACUUCACUGCUCGCUAUACGUUUUAUGCAAAUUGUGGCCCUAAUUUUUAAAUUUUUGAAAUAGAAUUGAUUUGUUAAGUGUUGUAAUAUGUGCGAUAAAAGUGACUAUUUUAAUACUUUACCAACAGACGUUAAAAAUCGUUACUUGGACAAAAUUAAAUUAGUUAAUAAUGUAGAUCCUUAUUUAGUUAGUAUUGGUACAUGUUCAACAAACAUUAACGAUUUUCCUAGAGUUACGUAUUUCGAUAUCGUAAAUUAUUUAGUUUUUAAUAAAAGUGCGUACACACAAGAUGAGUUUAAGGCAUAUAAAAGCCUGGAGGCGUACAAUUUAUUCCAUUCUAAGUGGAUUAAAACAUUGUGUGUAAAGAAAAUCACAAACUCAGAUAAUGUUUUAUUACUUUCUGAGGUCAUACAUUCACAAAGGUUAAAUUUACCUCCAGUUAGCCUUUGGUGUGUUGUAAAAAACAAUGGUGAAGUACUUACAGCACAUUGUACUUGUACUGCAGGUUUGGGGGAGUGCUGCAGUCAUGUAGGUGCCGCAUUAUUCGCAGUUGAAGCUGCUGUUCGGGAUACAGAGCCAAUCUCGGUCACUGGUGAAAAGGCCUACUGGAUGGUUCCAAACACAAACUUAGGUGUGCCUAGUAGUGUAGAAGAAGUGGAUUAUUCUGUGCAUAAACAUGAAAACAGUAGCACUUCAAGUAAUAGUGAUGUAGAUGAAAUAGGUGAUUUAGAAAAGGCAACCUUUUUGGAAAAGCUCAGUGCGCUGAAAAAUACCCCUGUGAUAUUAAAAGUUACAUCCCCAUAUUGUUUUACGUUACAACAGGAAAACCAAGAAGCGACAUAUCAACGUGGAAUUUUAAACAAUUUGUAUGAUCAAAAACAUGAAACCAAGACCUUGAACGAGCUAAUCGAAGUUGGGAAAACAAUUGAUUUUCAUCUAACUUCUGAUGAAUGUGCAAUCAUUCAAGAAAAAACAAUGGGGCAAGCAGGUAACAAAAAUUGGUUUUGUUUUCGUGAAGGGCGCAUAACUGCAUCUUUGUUUAAAGCCUGUUGCAGAACUAAAUUAACAAAACCCGCAAUAAGCACAAUUAAGGCAAUCUGCUACAAGAAACCUUUUUUUUCAAAGCAGACCACUUAUGGAUGCUUGCAUGAAAAAGAUGCUAUAGAGGCAUAUAAAGCUUUCAUGCUUCCAAAACAUGAGAAUUUUGUAAUAAAAACGUCGGGGCUGAUAAUUAACUCAAUGUUUCCAUGUUUUGGUGCAAGCCCUGAUGGUCUGGUGAAUUGCGAUUGUUGUGGAUCUGGUUGUCUGGAAAUUAAAUGUCCAUACUGCGUGCGUGACAGCAAUGUUGAGGAAUUGGUUCACUUCAAGAACAUGUGUUUAAAAGCAAACGUACUGGAGGACAAUAUAUGGAGCAUCGACCUUGAUCAGAAUCACUCUUAUUUUCACCAAGUACAAAUGCAAAUGGCAGUUGCCGAAAGGUCAUACUGUGAUUUGGUUGUAUGGUCGAAGAAGAAUUUUUAUCUGGAAAGAGUGUAUAGUGACAAAACAUUUUGGGAAUGUGAGAGUGAAAAAGCAUUAGCAUUUUUUAAUAAUGUAAUAAUGCCUGAAUUACUUGGAAAGUAUUUUACAAGACUACUUCCUUUAAAACAAAUAUCUACAAACGUGCAAGAUAAUGUACCCACAUCUAAGCAUAAAGUAGGGCAACACGAUAUGAUUUGUUGUGCUAACAAAUACUGUAGUGUACAGUGGUACAGUUUAAAAGAUUUAAAGAAAAAAAGUGUACCGAAGGGUGUGUGGUAUUGUAAAAAAUGUGCAACACUUAAAUUUCGCAAAUGA